GUGACAUAGUCGUGACCUUCCCCCCCCCUCUCUCUCUCUCUCUCUCUCUCUCUAAUUCUCUCGUUCCGAAAUAAACGAAAAUCCUCCUCCGUUUUCCGUUUUGGGGUUCUCUCAAAAUCUCUCCUCCUUCCAACUCCAAUGACUUCUUUCGCAGCCUUUGCUUUCUCUCCUUUUCGCCUCCAAACCCCAAUCCUCCUCCUUUUUUCAUCUUUCUAGUUUGAGGUCAAGAUUUGGGUUUUGAGUCUUGAAGGAAUGGCUGGUUUCUUUCUUUCGGUGGAUUGAAGCUGCUGUUUCUUCAUUCCAAUGUCUUUCAGAGAAAAUUCUAUUGAUUGCUUCCAUCAACGUCUCGAUCGGAUCUCUUCUAAGAGGAAGUUGGAUGAUUAUGGGCCCUCUGACGAUGAUUUAUCCGAUUUAUUGAGAAGGAUGAAGAGGGAUGAACCUGACGCUGUCAAUUCGUCUGCUGGAGGGGACGCUAGGUUAGGGCACACCAGUACUAGUGUCGGUGCAGAUGAAUCCGAUUUUAAAACCAGGGUUUCCGAUGUUCGAUCGGUUUCUUGUAGUGGCUCCACCGAUGGAGGCGUCGCCAGCUCGUGUUCAAGAUUGCAGUUCUUUGUUCGUUCCAUCUCUGGUGGUAAUACCAUUGUUAUUCACGCCGGCCCUGAUGAUUCUGUUAAAUCUGUUCAUGAACAGAUUCGAAAGAUCACCGGGAUUCCCAUAAUCGAGCAACGUUUGAUAUACCGGGGCAAGCAGUUGCAGUGGGAACAGUCGCUUGCCCAGUGUUGUAUCCAGAAUGAUGCUGGUCUUCAGCUCGUUGGACGGAUGAGGAGCACGGAGUAUCCUCGUACUUGGCAGGUUGUCAACGAUUUGGUAUCCUCCAUAUGUCGACUCUGUAGGGAGGAGGCACUCCAGCCACCCCGUUCCUAUAGAUACGUCAGAGCCCGUGUGGAGGAGUUCUUGAGGAUGACUCCCAAGGACGAUUCUGAGAUGGCAUCUGGGCAUAUCCAGAUCUUCAAGUCCGCUGGUGCCGCCACUGCUCUCGUUAUGCUCUUCCUUUCUCCCGUUAAAGGGAACAAGCAAUGUGCGGAGGAUUCAAUUCGGCUUUUCCUCACACAGGAUAACGAAUUACUACCAAAAACCGUGCAGGCUCACUGUGCUUCCAUUGUGCUGGAAUUCUGUAAGUUGCUCUCGAGAACUUCUCGUGAGGAUCCAUUGUACAUAUCAUGUCGAAACACUUUAGGUUCAUUGUUGGAAACCUUUGCGGGGGCACACGAGUCGAGAUAUUUUGGAAACGAGAAGGCUUCGGUUAUAAUCCGAGAGUUUUACCCAUUUGUACGUGAGUUGGCAAACCGACUCUCUGCGUGUUUAGAGGUGGGUAUGAACUCGCCGCAGUGCGUUGGGUUAUCCGUAAGUGACGUUCGUGAUUUCUCUGCGUUCUUGUUGCCUUUAAGAAGAGCAAUUGAAGACCAGUUGGUCGGGGAUGGUCCCGUGCGUAUUACUUUGCUUGAGGGUGGUGAUAAAAGUCCAUUCUGUGGGGGUGAGAUCGAAUUACUCCAUAAUAUUUUCCUUGAGUUGCUGGAAAAAAUUGAUCAAUGCUUAAUUAAAGUGGAGGGUUUUCUCGCUGAAAAAGUAACUGGAGAAAAUGAAGGCCGCCAACUUGUGUGGUCUCAAUAUCUUGCUAUUUUGAAGGAAUUGAAUAGCAUUUCCAAACUUUAUCACGGCGCUGAAGACAAGCUUCAAUCGGUUAUGAGGGCUAGGCGAACUCCAUUGAAUGCACUUAUUAGAUACACAAGGCGAAGUGAUGAGCACCGCUGGUUUCUUGAGCAUAAAGAUGUGACUGAUUUUGAAUCUAGGAGGCAUUUGACAAUGAUGAUGUUUCCUGAGGUGAAGGAUGAAUAUGAAGAACUCCAUGAGAUGCUCAUUGACAGGGCUCAAUUACUGGCUGAAUCAUAUGAGUAUAUCUAUACCGCCGAUGCUGAAGCAUUGCAUGGUGGCCUUUUCAUGGAGUUCAAAAAUGAAGAAGCUACAGGUCCCGGUGUCUUGAGAGAAUGGUUCUGCUUGGUGUGCCAAGCAUUAUUCAAUCCUCAAAAUGCCCUUUUCCUAGCAUGUCCAAAUGAUGGCAGAAGAUUCUUUCCUAAUCCUGGUGAGCUUAUCCUGAAUGUGCUUUUGUUAGUUUUUUCUUCUCAAGUUUUGAUUGCCUUUAUUGUCUUUAUUAGUCAAAAGUUUUUCUUAAAAAAACUUUUUGUAUUUAUGCAAGAAUAUGUUGCUCUAAUCACUAUUUUAGUCUAUUUGAAUAUUUGAGCUUCCUCCCUA